GUAUUUUUCGAUUGCGUUCACGCUUCUGAACUGGAAAAACAAAGUGUCAAAAUGGAGCGUCUCUAUAACAAGAGAGACAGAACCACGAUUGGCCAAUUUGCUGUCCUCAUCCAGUUCAUGGAAGAGAAUGUGGCCUUUGCGAAGCAGAAAGCUCGAGGGAAUCUCUAUGAGGAUGGGGUCCGGGAGACAUGGAAGGAUUUGGCUGAUCAGCUAAAUUCCCGUGGACCGCCGGUGCGUGAUUGGAAGACGUGGCGAAAAGUUUGGAAUGACUUCAAAUUCGAGACCCGGAAGAAGAUAAGGCUGUCGAAUAUGUACAAGAGCAACAACAGGCAUGGCAUUCCGCAGAGAAAUCUUGAGCUGACAGCGAAUCAGAGGAGAGUGAGGAGAUUACUGGGAAUGGAUCCCAUGGCGUCAGACAAUGAAGCUGAUCCAAAUGAUGAGAGCGCCAAUCCACCGAGUCCGCCAAUCGUGAAGAGAUCUCCAUCAUCCCUGGAGUCUGCCAGCAACAUUGAGUUCCACAUCGAAGAUGUUGGGGAAGAUCCUUAUGAUGCAACCUCAAUGGUUGACUCAUCCAUGCUGGAGACUUCAAUGCUGGACACUUCCAGGCGACAUCAUCCUUACUACAAUUCCCACGAGGACCACACCAAAUCCAUGGACAACGACAGGCACAUCAGCGCGGCGCUCCAGCAGCACCUUCAGGUGAUGCUGGAGCACAAUGAGAAGAUGCAGAUGCUGGAGGAGCGGAGGCUAGAACUGGAAGAGAGGAGGCUGGCGAUUGAAGAGGAACGCCUCCGAAUUGAACAGAAGCGCCUACGAAUGGAGGAGGCUAGGUUCUCCAAAGGGAAGCCUUCGGCAUAAUUGUAAAAUUGUACCAAAAAAAAACCGAGAUAAAAAUGUUUUCGUUUCAUUUUAAAUACAUGUUGCGCAUCACAAA